AUGCUGUCUCGGCUGCGUCCUCUCGACGUUUUUCUGCCGGCAUAUACAACUGUCACACAAGGCAACCACGGUAUCAUCGCGUCGAAGAGGUGCAACGACGUGUCCAUCCAGAACAACGUGGUGUAUGACAACGCCCUCCACGGCAUCAUGCUCCAUCGCUCCUCGGACGACGGCAUCAUCAGGAACAACACCGUCUCCGGCUCCGGUAGCGCUUGCAUCGCCAUCUUCGAGUCCUUCGACAUCGAGAUCAGCGACAACCUCUGCACGAACAACGAGGAGGGCAUCCGGUUGUCCAUGGGGUCGUCCUACAACAAGAUCUUCGACAACCAAGUCAUCGACACCGCUGGGCGUGAGUUCUGCUAUCACAUCAUGCCUCAGUGUGGGUGGCUAACUUAUCCAAGAGGGGCAAUCUGGAUGUACCUUGGGUCCGACGAGGUCGAGGCCUCCGCCGCAACUGACGGCAUGUGCACGGGCAACCUCUUCCAGAACAACUACCUGGAACGGUCGGACACCGGGGUGUCCUUGACUGAGACUAGGGACACGAUGCUGAUCGGGAACACGUUCAUCGACACCGACAACAACGAGUGGAGGGACUCUGACGGGCUCGUCUGGAGGGACAACGAUAUCGACGGAGAUUUCGACAUGAGUUUCUCCGAUACCUGUGUAACGUCCGACAGCGAUUUCGACCAGAUUAACGGCGUCGGCAGCAAUCCGAGCGAGUGCUAA